AUGGCUGGUGCUUUAAGUUAUAUUCGAGAUAUAAAACCAGAAAACUUGUUGAUAGAUUUGAAUGACAAGAUCAAGAUUGCAGAUUUUGGAUGGUCUGUGCAUACAAUUCAAAGUUGGAAAACAUUUUGUGGUACAUUGGAUUAUCUUCCACCCAAAAUGGUAGAAGGUACCGCAUUAUUUGAAGAAACUGGUCAUACUGCAAAAUAUGAAGAUUUGCAAAGUUGA